AUGCCCUCACCUCACACCGUGUUUGCCCACCCAGUAGGAGCAGCAACAGCACCACCGCCAGCCCUCUUCGUCUCUGCCUCAACACCCUUUGUCGGCCUGCCCCCCUCAGGCCCGCCGCCGUCCGCACCACCGCCGCCCAUACCCAUACCGCAAGGAGCAGCAGCAGCACUUCGGCGGCCCUCGACCCCCGGAUCUCGCGCCAGCAGCCGCACCAGCAACCGCGACGACGGCUCCCCGAGACUCUCGUACGCGAGUCCACCCUCUGGCGUCUCCGCCGCCGUCUCGACUGGUGGCCCUCAGACCGCCCUCUCAGCCGGCAGUCGACAGUCCGCGGUCAGUGCCAACGCCAGUGCCCGCGCCAGUGCCAGUCCCGACGCCGUUGCCCCUGCCACUCGUGCCGGUCCAGCAGCCCCGAACCCGAGCCUUCGCACUGCUGCUGCCAAACCCUACCUCGGUUUGCAGCAGCAAAACUCUCAGCCGCCGUACUUCCACGCCGUUCAGCUCCCAAGGACCUCUUCCCUGUUGCCCCCUCCGAACCUUGUAUCGUCAGACCAGAACAACCGCCACACCACCUCGAGCACCUCGUCCACCACCACCACCGCCGCCACCGCCGCCAGCACGCUACCACCCAGAUCGUCCUAUCAGAACUACCAGCACCAACAUCGACAGCAACAGCAACAGCAACUGCACCAGCACCAGCAGCACCAACAGCUCCAUCAGGUCCUCUUUCAGAAUCCAUUCAACGCCCAGCCCAUCGCCCCCGGUGGGUCUGAUAGGGAGGAGCUAUUUCUUUUGCCGCAACAGUCGCGUUCGCCCUCCCAGCCAAGGCCGAACCACUCGCGCUCCAGCUCCACAAACGGCCUGGGUGACGGUUUCCGGGCCCUUAACCGAUGGUCUGCCUCGACCUCGUCUAGCCGCGCCUCCGCUAACUUUGCCGGCCGCCGCCAGAGCAGCAUCGAUUCCUUUGGAGUCCACACGCACCCGGCGCCGAUCCCGCAGCUGUCUCAGGCGCAAUUCCAGCAAGAAUUCCAGCCUCUUGGCGCCUACGGUUCCCCGCCCCGGAAGCUUCAGAAGCAAAGGCCGUCCAUAUCCAACGGCUCCGCCUCGGGUAGUCGCGUCCGUCGUCUGUCGCCCUCUCCGACCCCGGUUCCUCCCCUCGAGAGCCUCCCACCCAUUAUCGCCCUCCCGUCUCUCGAGCAGGAGGUCUCGGCCGGAACCCUUGCGUCCUCAGACCCACCGCCGGCGGCCCUCGAUGACGCACGCCGGUCUCGGCGUGACAGUCAACUGUUAGGAAACCCCGCCCACGACUCCGGUGAUCAGUCCCUGAGGCCCGGGGACGGGCAAUACCACCGUUCACAUGCCAGGAACUCUAGCGACGCCACCAUGACCAUGUACGACCGCAAUGGCAGCGCCCACGAGAGGGGCCACUCGAGGAAUCGGUCGCAGGCCAACAAGGGAAGCGCCGACACGACCGCUUCCUCAAAAAGCAAGGAACGAUCGAGCAAACAGCCGUCCCAAAAGGCCAUGCUGUCACGCGCCCUCGAGAAGGCAAACACUGCCGUUCAGCUCGACAAUGCCAGGAACUUUGAGGGUGCCAGGCAGGCAUAUGCCGAAGCCUGUGAUCUCCUCCACCAGGUCCUCGUGAGGACAAACGGCGAGGACGAUAAGAAAAAGCUCGAAGCUAUAAGUAAAACAUACACCACUCGAAUAGAGGAACUCGACGACAUCCUUCCCGACCAAACACAGCUGGGUAAGGCACUGCCCAGUCGACCACCGGGGCAUGGCCAGCGCGAGGAAUUAUCGUUGUAUUCUGCGGUCAACAGUGACGACGAGGCGCCGGUGCGGACAACAACAUUUUCCCAUUCAAGCUCCAGCUUCAGGGAUCGGGACUCGCAUCCGUCCCCUGGAUAUGCCCCACCCUCGGGCCAUCGACGGCAGCCAAGCGGCGGCGCAGCGUCCAAUGCCUCCGCCACCAACUCCAGGUUCGGGUCCUUCUCGGCCCAGGGAGGCCAGCCUGUAUUACUGCAAUCGGCCUUCUCCCAGCCGUUCAGGAAGGACUCAAACACGCUUGACGUGACCCCGAUGCGUCCUAUGGACAGCCAGUACAUGCCACCGCCCUUGUCACCUCGCAGGCUACCGCCCGGUCCGCAGAGCGGAGGAACGAGUCCGGGAUUUCCGGGGAGGAGCGACUUCUCGAUGCCAACGAGCCGACUUAAUGCCCCUGAACACCCCACCUUUACCAGGGGACACAGCAGAGGGAACAGCCACGAGUCGAUCUCGUGGCUUGACCCCAUUGAUGAGUCUGGGGGUUCCAAUGCUUCCUCGGUCCAGUCCAGGUCCUCUUCCUUGGGCGUGCAAAGAAAACACUUCAGAAGCACCAGCGGCGAUACCGAGGCCGAGUUCGAUGCUGCCCUGGACGACGCCAUCGAGGCCGCGUACGAUGAGGGCUACGAUGCCGAAGUUGCGAGCCUGCGCAGGCAUCCGGACGAUGGUGAAGACGUGGUCGCCAGAGCCAUGAGGAAGGUCGAGCUGGCAAAGGAGCGAGUGCGAGAGUCUGAACGUGAGGCGCUGGAACUGGCCAACGACAGGGAAAAGAGGCUGCGCGAGCAGCUCAGGUUAGAGGACGAGGCGGAUCCCGAGGACUUUUUCGAGGAUGACAACGACUCGGAGGAAGAGGAGCGUAUUUUGGAGGAGAUGACACGCGGAUACGCCAUCGAAGAGUUCUCGUUUGGAGUCCAGCAACCCCAAAAACCAGCCAUGCCGCGCACGUCAGACUCUAGCGAAUUUACGGCCCGCACAUGGCACACAUCUACCGGAUCCAACCCUCCCACAGCAACGACAGUCCUCACGACGGUAAGCGAGAACGGAGGGCUCCCGAGUGUGGUCAAGGUCAGCGCGCCUUUGGCACCACCUCCGACCCAAGCACUGCCGCAGCUGCCGCCCCAACGCCCAGGAUCAUCAGGCGUGCAGAGUUCCGGCGGCAACCACGAGAACAAGCCCACAGACCAGAGCGUGCGGAGCCGACGGCUAUCGGGCCAGAACCCGAAGCAGCUCAAGAUUGAGACGACCCAGCUGGGGAAACAGCCGUCGGGAACCAUCCAGCCAGUGACGAUGGGAAACCAGUUGGCGAACACGCCGCCCUUGCCGUCGCAGCAAACACAGCCGCCGCUGCCCAAGGCGACAGGCUUCAUAGCCCAGCAGCGCCAGGCGCUCUCAACUGGUGCUGGUCGAACCAUGCCUUUCAAACAGGCACCCUCGCCGUUGCUCCCUAUGGAGCAGUUCCCGCCCCCAACGCCACCGAUACCACAGGGCGUUGCCUCCGAAUCGGAGCCGCGCUCCGGUUCGCCUUCAGUGGCCAAACCUCCUGCUUUGAGAAAAAACUUUUCAUCUUCCAGUCUCAGGAGUAUGAAGGGCCGGAACGUGUCGGUCACCAACUUUGACGACGGGUCCGACAUGUCCCCCAGCACACCCAUGAGCACUCACUUCGGAGCCCUGAGCACGAGACUGCCGGCGGUGCCCAGCAUGCCCACGCCGGUAGCGGCGGCGUUCAAGGACAGACUUGCGCCAGGGUCCACUGGCAUGUUCUUGUUCGAUGCCGACAUCCACGGCCCCACAAGCCCCGGCUCGCUUCGCUCUAUCCGCGUCGACGCUCCCGUGCCCCUCGAGCCGUGCCCGACAGAUACUCUGCUGAGGCCUUUCUGGCUCAUGAGGUGCCUCUAUCAGACGCUAGCGCACCCUCGCGGAGGUUACAUCAGCAGCAAGCUCUUUGUGCCAAGAGAUGUGUGGAGGGUCAAGGGAGUCAAGCUGAAGAACGUGGAAGACAAGGUUUCCAACUGCGACUUCCUCACGGCGGCGCUCCAGAAGCUUUCGAUGGUUGACACUAUCGACGCUGAUGCGGUGCUCGAGGAGAUGCAGUCCCUCGAGGGCAUCUUCGAACAGGUGCAGGCCACGCUCACGCGAAGACUCGGGAACGAGGUGGGUGUGCAGUCGAUGGGAGCACUGUUCAGGGAUGCCACAGGGGGCACCGACGGGGAUCCUGGGUCUGCGGUGCCGCGGUCCUCGAGCGUCACGGGCAAGUCGAGUUUUUCGUGGCGGCGACUCAGGUCCAAGAACUCGUCCGCGGGCCUCGCCAACAGUUACGCAGGCGGCGGCAGCAAGAAGGAUGCGUCUCCAGGCCUGUUUGAUGGGGUCAGGGAUAUAAGCUCGGCGUCGGCAUCGCUUCCCAUGACUGCUCACCCGACCAGCAAGCCGCCCAAGAGGGAGGUGACCAGUCUUCAGUUCACGGGGCCCAACGCGAACUACAUGUCUUCACUUGCCAAACUGUUCGACGCAGCUCAAGUGAUAGACCAGAUCGCGCGCCAGGUCGAAGACCCCGGCCUCCGCCACGCUGACAAGACCCAGGUCGGCCUGGAACUCUGCACGCGCCACGCCGCGGAAUUUUUCGCCUUUUACAUUUGCAGAUUCGUCCUCACGGACCUUACCCUCCUAUUGGACAAAUUUGUCAAGAGAGGGAGCGAGUGGGUGCUCGUGUGA